ACUCACUGACAUUCGGGCUUCUGCAGGUUUUAAACACAGAUUAACUUGCCGAGGGGUCUUCAAAGCCUUAAUCUGCUGCUUGUAGCCUGCAGAAACACAAAUGCUUAUUUAAAAUAAAGAAGUUAAAUAAGCGAAGGGCAAACUGAGGAAGUGGCUGCUGAGAUGGCUCCUUUGAUGUUUAAAGACGCGUUUUGGAGCUCUGACUUCACUUGCCACGCUGGGUACGACACCGUGAUCCAGAGGCUGCGCGAUGGGAGGCAAAUGUGCAAAGAUAUGGAGGAGCUUUUAAAGAUGAGGGCAGUGGCAGAAGAAAAGUACGGGAAGGAACUGGUGACAAUUGCUCGGAAAGCUGGAGGACAGACAGAAAUCAGCACUUUGAGAGCAUCCUUUGAACAACUGAAAACACAAAUAGAGAACAUUGGCAACUUUCACAUCCAACUAUCUGAUCUAUUGAAAGAGGAGGUGAAAAACAUUGAGACUUUCCGAGAACGUCAAAAAGAGCAGAGGAAAAAGUUUGAAAGCAUCAUGGAGAAAGUUCAAAAGAAAAAGGUCACCUUGUACAAGAAGACCAUGGAGUCUAAAAAGACCUAUGAAGUAAAGUGCAGAGAGGCUUACGAGGCAGAGUCAGCUGAGCAAACAAAUGUUCCAGCCAAAAAUGCUGAAAAGGUGCGUCACAGGGUCAAACAGUGUCGACAAGCUGCCACUGAAGCAGAGAAGGUGUACCUCACCAACAUCGAUCAGCUCGAAACCGUUCGUCAAGACUGGGAACAAACUCACAAAAGCACAUGUGAGGUCUUCCAGCAGCUGGAGGGAGACCGGAUCAACAUGCUGAGGUGUGCCCUCUGGGAUCACUGCAAUCAUUUCUCCAUGCAGUGUGUCAAGGACGAUGAGCUGUAUGAGGCGGUGAGGACGCUUCUGGAGCUGUGUGACAUCACCACAGACAACAACUGUUUUAUAGAGAUGAAAAAGACGGGAUCAAAGCCACCAGAUCCUAUAGUGUUUGAAAGCUGCUACUCAGCUGGGAUGGAGAGGAACAGCAAUGGGCAAGCUUUUUUUCCUCAAGGUGACAUGUCAAGAAGGAGCUCAGAGUCUUUACUCAGAAGGUCUGUGAGCCUCGGUACUGAAAGUCCCACAGCUUCACGGCCAAACCUGGUGUCUGUUACAGAAAGCGAAACAAGUGAUAAUGGAUAUGCGCCCCUUCCUUUACUACCCACUGCCCCUGAAGACGAACAGUUCUAUGUUGUGCUUUAUGAGUAUAUAGCACAGGAGCAAGAUGAACUGUCUGUGAGCAGAGGGGACAUAGUUCAGGUCCUGGUGAAAGAAGAAGAUGGCUGGUGGACAGUGGAGAGGAACGGGUACAGUGGCCUGGUACCAGGAAACUAUCUGGACAAAAUCUAACUCCAACACAAACUAUACAGACAAGUUUCCAUCAGUGAUAGCUUCUAGAUACCUUAUUGCAGCCCUGACAUAAGUUUAAUCAAAAGUAUGAUUAAGUAUGUGACUGAAACCUGUUUACAUGCUGUAAAAACAGGAGGCAAGUCCCAGACACUGCAGACAAAUAUUUAUCCCUGAGCAAAAAAGGUUAUUUAUGUGACUAAUUUAGUCUGGCAGUCGUGUACAAGACCACUUGGGGCCCUCGUGUCAGGACAGCCGCAUAUUUUAUUCAUUCCUCUGGCCGGCUCUGUUCUUAAAUCUUCUUUUUUAGGCACAGUUUUGAUCUUUAUGGUUUGAAGCUCUACAACUGUGACCGCUUUCAGAGGCAGAUUUUAUAAAAAUGUGUUAGUAGAAGGGUGAGGAAAUUAUAGAAAUGUAUUUUGCUAAACAGUUUCAUUUCCCAUUUAGGCAACAUAACUUAUGAGGUACAAUGCGUUUCUUGACAGAGAAACACAUUGUGAAGUUUAUUUUAUUUAGCACUAUUUAUUUAGCAACAAUAGUGUACUUGGACUAAUGUUGAAAAAAUAAACUACUUUUCUAUAACAUGGUUUUAAAAAUAUGUGUUCAAGAAGUAUUAAAAGUUCAUAAAGGCAGAUCUGAUAUUUUGGUACAAGAUAAGAAAGUGAGGUUUGACUUGUGGUAUUUUAAAUUACCUAUUAAGUAGACAUGAAUGUUUGUGAGCAUUUGCAAUGGGUAUUUUUUUUGUGUGUGUUCUGCUUAGAUAUACUCUGAAUCAGUUGUUAGCACAAGUGAAGCAGUUGUUGCACUCUAUCAGCGAUUAACCUUGCCAGUCUCAACAGUCUAAAACAGAAAUACAAAAUAACUUGUGGGGAAAG